CGAUUCCUCUUUGAGGCACACGCUCUCUCUCUCUCUCUCUAAAAGCUUCUCCUUCUCCUUCUUCUUCUUCUUCUUGUUCUUCUGGGUCAAGAGCUCUGUGAGAAAAAAAGGUUGUGAAGAGAGAGAGAGAGAGAGGGAGGGAGAAGAUGAUGCACAUGACCUUCUACUGGAGCAGGGAGGUGACCCUCCUGGUGGACUCGUGGAAGACCACCUCGUGGACCAGCUACGCCUUCUCCAUCCUCGCCUGCUUCCUCGCCUCCGCCUUCUACCAGUUCAUGGAGGACUGCCGCGUCCGCCUCAAGCUCGCCUCCUCCUCCUCCUCCUCCCCCUCCUCCGCCUCCGCCGACGCCGCCAAGCCCUCCUCCGCCGCCGACGCCGACGCCGCCGCCGCCCCGGAGGCCCCGCUCGAGACGCCGCUCCUCGGCUCCAAGGCGUCGUCGGCGGCCGCCGGCGGGAAGAAGGGGUGGACGGUGGCCAGGGUGGGAGGGUCGGUGCUGUUCGGGUUGAACUCGGCGAUCGGGUACCUGCUGAUGCUGGCGGUGAUGUCGUUCAACGGCGGGGUGUUCCUGAGCGUGGUGUGCGGGCUAGGCGUGGGGUACCUGGUGUUCCGGAGCGGGACCGACGACGCCGUGACGGUGACGGCGACGGCCGCCGCGGACAACGCCUGCGCUUGCGCCUAGGCUUAAGCUUUUCCUUGUUGUGAUUAGAUAACAUCACCAUGUAAAUCGUGAAGACCAUGAAUCGGGACAGGUUCUUCUCUCUCUGUUUUUUUGGUUUUUUGGGUUGGCUGGUGAUUGGCGUCGGAUCUUCCGAUGAGGGACUUCGUGGCAAUUUGUAAGUGUUGUGGGGAUCUGCCUGAAAAGCGAAGCGAGGCUUAACCGAAAGCUCAGAAUUUCUGUUGUGUUCCUUCUUUCUCGUUUUGGUUGUGUCCAUCCAUCUUUGACUUUAUUGGAAGCUCCGUUCGCUUUGAGACA